UAUUUAGCCGCUUUUUAGCGCCAUUUCUUUUUCCCUAAUAAAACCUCUUUAAGAAAGGACGUCUAUGCUCUUCCUCACAAACUGCAGUUCUUCUUCAAGCAAUACACUUCAAAAUUCACUAGGUGACAAAUGGCGGGCUUGAAGAGCAAGAAGAGCAAGAAGAACAAGAAGAGCAAGAAGAACAAGAAGGAAUUCCCGAACGAGAGAAGCUUCGCCAGAUACGGAGAUGAUGAAGAUCGUCGGCAUCGACUUGAUGAGAUUCAAACUAUGAUGGACUAUCUGGUUGAAAUGUACGGAGAUCCCGAACGACAGAAACAAGCACUUCGCGAAUGUGCGGCAACCAUAGAAGCAUAUACAGGGUAUGCUGAGGCCAUUACUGGUGAUCAGUAUAUCUUUAAUUUGCAAUCUACAUAUUCAUCUGAUGAGAAUUUGCAAUCUGCAUAUUCAUCUGAUGAGACAGUAGCAGUGGAUACCUUUGUUGACGAAUCAAUGGUGGCUUCCGAGUCCGCUGACCCUAAAACUUUUGCCAACUUAUUUGAAGAGUUUGUUGAUAAACUGAGCGAUAUGGCUGGGUUGCUUCCUGUGAGUAAAAAUGGUAAGGCAAAAGCCAAGGAAGGUGAUGAUGUUAAUGCCAAAGUGAAAGAGAGGACUACUCUACUGAUUAAGUCUGGUUCUGAUGCAAAAGGAAGUGGCACUGGAGAAAAGGUGGGUGCCUUCAGGAAUAUUGAUGAAGAGGAAUCAGACGAGGAUUUAGUUGGAAUUGCAGAGCAGUUAUUGAAGAUGAGAUAUCUGAGUCUUCACCAAAAUAACAGAUAUCUUCAACUUUAGCUUUGAAUAAGAAAUCGAAAAUGGAGGUAUAAGUGUAAGUACGUACUAAUAUUGGCCCUGACAAAAUAUAUUCUGUAAUUCUAAACAAGAAUUGCCAUCUGUGCACCUUACUGCUCUAUCAUUGAGAGUUAUGUUCAAAGUGUCCUACCAUUUUGCUUCUGAAGUGGCAAUCUUGUAACUCUUGGAAAAAGUGUCAAGAGGAUUAGUCUACUCAAGUAGUGGAAGAAGUGUUGAUGUCAUAAUUUGUGGUAGACUGGUAGCUAUUUGCAGAACUGCAGGUGCCUAAGCCUAACCAAAUCCAAGUUCAAUUUCUUUUUAUUCCUUUGCUUA